AUGUUCGACGUACGUGACGCUGCCCCCGUGUAUUUCGAUGGGAUUGAAACAGGCCUGACCUUCCUUGUAGUGACGAGAGAGGAUAUGCAGUCUCUCAAAAAUGACUGGCUCACAGAUAAUGUUAUCUCCUUUUGGGAGGAAUAUCUAGAACGCGAAUUCCUCGUACAGUAUAAAUCAUCCAACAUCGUUCUCUUGCGACCCAGCAUGUCCUUUAUGAUCCUACAAACGCCGAAUCCUCACUCGUUGCGCGAGGCUUUGCCGGACUUCUCGCGCACGACGCACGUCUUCCUUCCUAUCAAUGACUGUCGCAAUGUGACCGAAGCGGAGGGCGGCACUCACUGGUCACUGUUACUCAUUUCCAUUGUGGACGGAAUCGCCUUCCACUACGACUCACUUCCCCCCGGGAAUGUGUGGGAGGCUCGAGAAGUGACCCAGAAAUUCGGUGCCCUUCUGAACCGACCUAUCCGGUUCAUCCAUCUGGAUGAUUCUCCUACCCAGGAGAAUGGGAGCGACUGCGGCGUUUUCGUCUGUCUGAGCAUGCGACAUCUCUUACUCAAACGACUUCUGACAGCCAAUGCCAGCGAAAAGAUCAGUAUGAGUCUCGGUGGGAAGAAAGUAGAUGCCCGCGCGGGCAGGAAGGAAAUAGCCAAGAUUAUCAAUGGCUUCAGAAAAGAGGGAGAGCGGCGUAGAUCAGCCAGUCUAAGUCCGUUAGGAAAGAAAUCGCGAAGUCCCCCGCGGAUUGAUUAA